GAUAAUCCGCACCCAUGGAGAAGAACUGGAGGAACUGCUUACAUCCAUCCAACUACGUCAAUGGGAGUGUAGAAAAAGUUAUCUAUUUGGCGUGGCAAAUCAAGACAGUAAAACAAGAAACGUAACAUUGGCUGGCUGGCAGACAAACUGUUGCAUUUUACGAUCCUAUCGCUCCUUGUGGUGUGGUUUGGUUGGCGAAAUGAGACAAGAAACUGAUUUUCAAAUGUUUAACCAUGCACGAAACGAGGAGGAUUGUAAACCAAGUCCCGACCAAGGAACAGAACUGGGGUUAAACGGCAGAAACUGGAACUUUAUCCAUCUCGAAAAACCUGUAACAUGUUGUAAUAAUGGGAAAUUCGCGUGGCUUGUGAAGAUAUCAAGUGUAAAAUUAAGGUACUUGUUCGACAUCAUCACCACUACGAUCACUACUUUAUUUUACUUAUGCAAUUCGAGCUUGUGAGAUGAACUCCUCGCAAAUGCAGAUAACAAUAAUAACGCGUCUCUCUCUCUCUCAAGGAGAACAACUUUAUAUCUUCUAAGAGCUUCUUUUUAGAAGAAAAAAGUGCAUGCAUUUACGUUCUUUCGUUGUGAUGGUAGGAUAAUAAUAUUUUUAUUUUUAUGCUACUGCACUACAUACAUAGAUGAAUACACUUAUAUUCCCAUCACUGUCCUACGCCACGCCGCCUGUUAUGUAUUCAACCCCAUUCACCCCGCUUAAAGUAAGGAAUGAGGAGACUUUAGGAAUUUGAGGAAUUCUUUAAAAAUAUCUAUGUGGGGAAUAAAAUUUUAGGAUUUCAUUUGCAAAUGUUCAUCAUAAGCAAAUUAUAAUGACUUAUUUGGGGUUAGUAAUUGUUGGUUGGUACCCCUCAAAAUAUGUAUGCACUAUUUUUCACCCUUUCCCUUUCUUUGUUUUGGCUGACUUGACCUAUAAAUGGUGCAAGGCAAAAAAAACGCGUCACCCACCCAAUGGGUGCUCAUUCUUUAGUGUAGUUGACCAAAGGGUAGCUAUUUAUUAUCAUCUCUCUCCUUUUUAAGCAGAUGGGUUAUUUUAUUUUAAUAAACCUCCGAAAAUUAAAUGUACAUACAUAGUUGCAAAGUUCUAGUUUACAUUGGAUACGCUGAGAAUUUGACAUAAAACAAUGUGUAGAAUCUGAUCGUAGUACUCAUUACUCGGGACAAUAAGGCAAUAAUACAGUAGCUCAAUCCCGUGUGAAUUUGCGAUUCUAAUACGUCGUACAUUUUAUACAAAUCUUGACCAUUCGAAGCGGUUAUAGCAAAAAUGUAGCGGAAAAUUAGUUUUUAAAAAUCUAGGAGUGACAAAUACCCGCUAAAUACGUAACAUUUAAAACGCCAUAAAGAUGUGCUUCUUUUGCUGUGCAACCCUUCGGGGUGCAACCUACUUUAUGGUGACCGUACACAUGGUCGCUACCUUUGUGAUAUCACUAAUUUCAGUGAAUUUGUUCCUUAAUCCGCCAAACUACCCGGACAUUAAUCUGAGUCCACUAAUCAUGUCUCAGUUGCCGCUAAUCGUGGCAUCGUACUGCCUCUUGGCAUCACUAUUUGCGUGUUUCAUCUUCAGAGCGAUAGACACGGACUCCGUGACUCAACUGAAAUGGUCCGUCUUAUGUUUUGCUGUGUAUCAAUCCCUCGUCCUAAGUGUUCAACUAAUCUUCUCCGUCAUGUUUGGAGACAUUGUGACCAAAGCGGGUCAAAAUGUGAUUGCUGGAAUUUUUUUGGUCAACUUUUUCAUGACGGUGGUCUACCUAAUGGUCCUAUUUUUAUAUGGGAGACAUCUCCAUCAACUCAAGACUGGUAGCAAUCAAGGGAUAAAAUUGUACAGAAACGCGUUACCAAUUCCUGAAAAUAAUUGGAAAUUAUCCCACCUUCCGGCCUCCCUGUAUCUGAAAGACGUCCACAUUCCUGACCUAAAUUUGCUACAAAAUCACCCCGCAGUGACGAGAUCAAACUCGGUCGCCGCAGUCUCAAUGACGAUUUCGAUAGGGACGAACACUGCGGAUUUUUUGACACAGGAAAGGAUUCAAGAAAACAGUGAGAACGCGAGAUUAGAAGAAGCCGAGGAGGAAGUGGGUACAGCCUAGCUUGUGGUAAAUCGUUACCUUUUAGAGAAAUACAGAUAUUUAAAUUGUUAUAAAUUUUUUUGUCAUGUGUGAAUAAUAAAAUGUUUUUUAUGCCUUGAGAAUUUAAA